GCUGCGCUCAAACCUCCUGCAACAAAAGCCGAAGACGCGCUCCUCUGCGCUGUCAGUGUGCAACUUAACCCUCUCCACGACCAGACCAGCGACCCCUGACUGGACUCAGACUGCACCCGGGGCUUACAGACAGCGCGUUUAUCUGGGUUUGGAUGCAUCGCGGUUUCAUUUUGUAAUCUCGAGUGAGUCCAGCGCGCGGAGCAGGAAUGUCCCGGAGGAAGCAGAGCAACCCCAAGCAAUUCAAACGAAUGUUUGACAGUGGGCUUGAGACGGACUCUGAGGAGACAGAGAAGAAAGAGAUCGUGAAAGAAGAAGACGGGUCUGUGGAGGACGACUCGCUUUUCAGCUCUGACCCAGAGAAUGUCGUCUCUAAAGAUGGAGAUCACUUGAGGAAUGGUGAAAUGGGUGGAGGUUUAAAGCUGGAGCAACAAGACAGUGACGGCGGACAAGAAGAGAGAGUCCAACCAAACCCACUGUCAGCAGAGGAAUGGGACGGCCCAAGGGAGCUGAAAAUGGUUGGUGAAGGAGGAGAGAGAAGGAUUUGUUCUUGUCAGGCACUUCUGCUGGGCACCACGUGGGGUCCUUUCCCUGGGACGAUCGAAGCUGCCACAGGAGGAAGUGACAAGGUUUCGCUGGGGCUGAAUGGAGGUCCUCGCUGGCUGCUGGACAUGAUGUGGGUCAGUGCAGAGGACGGGAAGAGCAACUGCGCCGUGUACAGCAAAGGAGGACAUGUAUGGUGUUCCACAACUAAAAACAUCAUGGAAGGAGAUGAACUUGCAGCCUGUGUGGUGGAUUUGCACUCGCAUCUUCAAACACCAGCCCAAACUCCCUACAGUCAAGGGAUGUACUCGGCCCGACAGCUGGAAGGCAUCCAACUCCUUCCUCAGCAAGCAGCCAUGGCGUCCAUUCUGCCCGGCGCUAUCAUCAACAAAGACAUCUUCCCCUGCAAGGCUUGUGGCAUCUGGUUUCGGAGUGAAAGAAACCUCCAGGCCCACCUUAUGUAUUACUGCAGUGGGCGACAAAGGGACCCUGGGAUGGUGGCAGAGAAAAACGCUAAUAUCAGCCAUCAAAUGCUCCGCAAUUGCACAUACCCCCAAUGCAAUAUGAGCUUUGCCGGCUCGCAUGCCUUGGAAAUGCACUUAUCCACACAUAACAGUCUCAAGUCAGAUGAGAUAACCACUGGAAGCAAUUUGAAAUGCACAAUUUGUGACUACACUGCAGAAACCCUUAUGGUACUCCAGCACCACAUCCUUUCCCAUCUGUCCCAGAACGGCCUGAGAUGUGGUCACUGCCAUUUCACAUUCCAAACCCCCAGAGAACUGGUCAAACACCAGGAGCUACAUGGACAUAGCUGUACGGUCAACAAACUCGAAGACAAAGCUGAUAACUCUCCUAGCAGCAUUAGAGGUAGUCCUCAACAAGUCAGAGCUAAUGCAAACAUGAAAGACCUUCAGGAAAGCACAAUACAAUGUGAUAGAAGUCAAAUGUCAGAGCUGGAAAGCACAGAAAGUAGCCAGACAUCCACUAAGGUUGAGGGAAACUCAGUAAACAAGGCCAGUGUUUCAUUCUCCAGAGUAAAGUCAGAACCUUCCAGUCCCCGUUUAGCCUCUUCACCCAUUCAACACCACCUGCCUCCUGCAUUUCCCUUACCCCCCUUCAUACCACAUGUCCCAUUCUCACAGGAUAUUACAGUGGGCCCGCAAGCAUCUGAGAUACUGGCCAAAAUGUCGGAGUUGGUCCAUCGCCGGUUACGUCACGGGGGACAUUCUUACCCUCCAGUCAUGUACAGCACACUUGUGCCAAAAGGAGCAACGUGCUUUGAAUGCAAUAUCACCUUCAAUAACCUUGAUAAUUAUUUGGUGCACAAGAAGCACUACUGCAACAGUCGUUGGCAAAACACACACAAGCCACAUGACUUCCCUGGACUUCUGGAUAAACCAGCAGGCACCGUGAGCCCGAAAACUGGAGCUAGUUUAGCUGUUAUGCUAAAUGCCGGCCAUCCAUCUGAAGUGAAAGGGCAUGAGCCUAACCCUUGCAAUCCCACCGCAGGUGGAAAAGUGACAGAUGAACUGUCGGUGCAAGUUAAAAAAGCGUCAACUCCAUCUGGUGCACAGGAGAGACCAAAUGGUACACAGCUGGAUUUACAAAGCCAGAAAAUGCCACCCACCGAAACUGACCCCAACCACACAACAUGCGACGCCUGCAAGAUCACCUUUACUCGACAUGAGACCUACAUGGUGCACAAGCAGUAUUACUGUGCCACUCGGCAUGAUCCUCAAUUAAAACGUACAAACACUAAAGGAGCAGCCAAUCAGAAGACAGUACGUCCUCGUAAAAGAAGAAAGGCAUAUGAGCUGGCCACUCCUGAACAAGAACAAAUGCCUCCUUUGGGUAUGCCAUCAUUUCUUGGUAUGCCCACUAUAGGAGGUCCAUACAUGUCAAAAGACACACUGGAUAGCUUCAGGGACCAUCAGAGGUACAACAUGAUCCAGGGGUUAGUGCCCAAAUAUCCAGAGGCUUCAUUGACAGUUUCAAAAUCAGCUCUUGUGUCAAAAUGUAAUACAAUCUCUAAGGAAGAAGGUGAUGCACCUAUAGAUCUUAGUAAAAAAUGCAUGCCACAGUUUGACAACACUUCGGUUUCCUCUAAAGGACUUAUGGAUUAUCAUGAGUGUGUUGUGUGCAAGAUAAGCUUUAACAAAGUUGAGGACUAUCUCAAGCACAAACAGAACUUCUGCCCAGGUACUAUUUUGCAAAACACUUCCGCUGAGAAAAAAAGCAACAAAAAGGAAGGUCCUAGAAAUACUAGCACCCUUUUAGAGAGUGCACUCUUUGAGCUCUCAGCUCCGCCUGGAAAGAUUGAGCAUCCAAAUGCAAUUCCUGACAUCCAAGCUUUCAGUGAGGAACAACCAAACCCGAUAAAAGAUGACAUGAGGAGUGUGUUUCAGCCCUCUGGUGGUUACCCAGGUCCUGCUAAGAAAAUGAAACCCGAUGAACAAAUCUGGCCUUACUAUGAAAUCAAAGCCACUGAUUAUGCUACAGGGAUGAUGGUCUCACAAAGUGAACGGAGGCAGAGUCCAAAUGAGGGCAGUGAGGGGGAAAAAGACCAGCCGAUGCCUGAUGGUAGCCAUCUUAGCACAGAUGACCCAGACAAUCAGAGCAAGUCUUCAUCCUCAAAGGACAAUCUUGACCUUGAGGACAAGAUGGAAGAUGCUGGAAUUAAACAACAUGGUUCCCCUACAUCGGAGAGCCAUGCAGACAGUCCCAUCAACUGUAAGGAAAGCUCAACUCUGGUGCCAUCUUUAAAGACAGAGGAAGUCUCAACAAGCUUCAAAAGAGUGUUGAAUGGGUCCAUUGCCACCGCAAGUAAUGUAAAGUACUGCCGUCCUUGUGACAUCCAGUUCAACAACCUCUCAAACUUUAUAACACACAAAAAGUUCUACUGCUCAUCACACACAGCAGAGCAUGUGAAAUAGUGGACCUGGACCCUGUCUUAAAUCUAGUCCACAGUACUAUAAUUGUUAGAGCUGUUAACCAGCAUCACAUCUUGAAUUCACAUGGCCCGGGACAUUAUAAUAAUGGGCCCAAGCCCCUAGAACAUGUAAGAAAUGUAAAGGCACCAGGACAACUUAGGAAGCUGUCCCCCUUGAUGAUGGCCCUGCUGUUUUUGAUGACUAAAAGUGAACAUUUGCCCCUUCUUCUUUAAAGAGGACAUAUUCCAUUUUUCACAAGGACCAGUUUCUCCCCUUGUAGUCAACAAUGUAAGACAUUUUUACAAUUCCAUGCUGGUGUACUCAGCAGCAGGAGGACAAUCAAAUCAGAAGAUUUAUCCUACAGUCAUUUAUUAGAAACUUUUAAAAUAUUUGUUGGGAAUACUGUGUGUUGAUAUUUUUGUGUGUGUGUUUUUUAUGUAUUCAUUUAUUUAAUAAUAGUUGCAGCUCUAAAAAGAAAAUGCAGAUCUUUGAUGAAAAACAGGUUUGUGAAAGUUAUAUUCUUUUACAAUUACAGAAAGACGCCACAUGAAUGGUAGAGACUGUUUAAAAAGAAAAAUCUACAGAUAGUGGAGUAACCUCUGACUGACUAAUGUGUUAACAUAUCCUUAAAUAUGGCAAUCAAGUUUUCUGGAUUAAUAAUUGUUAAUACCUGUAGAGUCUAGUUUGUCCUUGAUGUUUCUUUAUGCUUCCAUAUGUUUUUUCCUGUCAAUGCAGAACUCUUCUUAAAAAGUAACCUGUAUGUGUUUGUUGAUUCAUUAUCUCUUUUUUAAAUAUUUGGCUUCUAAUGCAAUACUUUUUAAAAGAUCAAACAUUAUUUAAAGCAGUAUUAUGAAAGGGUAACUUUUUUUACUUGGACCAAGAAAUCAUCUGUGUGAAUUGUUUACUAAAGUCUUGCUGGAGAAGGGUUUACACUCGGUAUGGAUGACUCGUUAUAAUAUUUCCUACCGAAAAAAAAAAGAAAAAAAAAAGAAUAAUAAUAAUUUCUCAAAAAAAAAAGAAAAAAAAAAGAAGACAGACAUUUUUUUUUUUUUGUCAAAAUGUGUUGCUAUGCAUGUACCUGUAUGGAAUGAAAUUCCAGAAAUGUGGGAAAUGUUAUUUUAUGUGACAUAAAAAUUAAAAUUCAAA